AUGGCGGAGUCUUUACUGGUGCGGCUUACGUGGAGCGAAACUUUCUGUCAGUAAAACAAGUUAAGGUACAGAAGCGAAGUGGGAGAAGAGAAGGAAAGAAAAGGCCAAGCCUGUCAUGGAAAACUUAACUUAAAAGGCAGUAUGUUGCUGGGAAAAGUGACGACUUUACUGUGUGAUGUGACGAGGGACCUUCUUCGGUGCGUCAGCGUUGCGAUCGUCUUCCUAACAUAUCCCGGUGGUGAGGGGUCAUUUGCAGUGAAGACUCAGCAGUGGUCUUCUGUGAAAACGCAGAAUGCAAGUACCCAGAGCCAGUUCGUACUCAAAUCUGAAGACACAAUUUGAAAAGGACUUAGAAGAUGAGCGCAGAUCUCUGCUUGAAGACCAAAAGGCAAGCCGAGUCAAGGUUCGAAACUUCUCUCAGGAAACCAACCGUCGUAGGAGGGCUCUAGAAGAAAAACGCAAAGAGGAAGAUGUGAGAGAACAAAAAUUAAGAGAAAACAUUCUUCUCCAAAGGAAGCAAAAACUUCAAGAGGUGACAGAGAAGUUUCAAAGAGCACAUCUUCCUUCUUCACAGAGAAAAAGACAAGGAGUAUUUAGAAGACAGAGCCCUCAUUUAGAUGAUGCACUGAAGCAAAUUCAGAGCUCCUUCUCACCUGUGUCAUUCCAAUCUACAAUCCUCUCAAGAAAUUCUGGCAGUAGCAAGAGCCCAUCUCCAUCUUUUUCAUCCAUUUCAAAUGUCUCUGGAUACCAGAAGCAUCUUCCUGCAUCCGUAACAUAUGCCAAGUUGAUGCAGGAGAAGAGCGGCAUUAAUCUCAGGAACAGUCAGCUGCUAUUUCAACAAGAAUUAGAAGAAGCACAGCGUCUCCUAGAGGAACAAAAAAUGAGCAGCCUUCAGGAGUUUCAGAAAGAAGUACGUCAGCUGGCAAAGUCUGAAAGUUUAUCUAGCUUAGACAGCUUAGAGAAUGAAGAAGACAACCAAACCUCUUUGUCUGAUAGCCGGUAUUCUUCUAAUACAUCAGUGAAUACGUCUCUGUCCUACAUGUCCAUACCACAACAGACACCAAGGAAGUAUCUUGGCAGCUUUUCCACUCCUGCAGAGAAGACAUUCUUAAGGAAUGACCAACAAAACGUCUUUGUUAAUGAGCACUGGAGCCAAGACACCUCUUCCUUCUCUCAGGGACAUGUGUAUUUUAAAGCAUCCAAGGAUCAGAUUAAGUGCUUAAGUGACAAAGAACAAGCCACAAUGGAUAAGACAGAUAUAGAAAAACAUGCAGAUAAACAAUACUUUUCUAGCAUCAGCAAUUCAUCCUCUAGUGAACCAAAUGUUUUAUCGCCCAAAAGGCAUCAGAGUGUACUGCCAUAUUAUAAAGAGGCUAGACUUACAACUGCAGUUCAAGACAUGUUUAAGAAAGAGCGUGACUUAGCAAAUGGUGGUUUGUCAAACACACCCCCAACUAAAGCAUGGGCUACACCUGAUCCAACACCCAGAGAUGUACAGAUUUUACCACAGGAUCAACCUGAAUUAGGACAGCCUGUCAGGAAGCCAUCAGGCUAUUACUCAGUACAGCCAAAGGCUACACCAUUAAUUCUUCAAUCAGGCCUGCCCACUGGGGAGGUGUACUCUGUACAGUCAUCAGCUACAUCCUGCAGUUUACCAGGAAACGUAGUCCAGUAUAAAAUGGAUUUGGUAGGCAUCCCUGAAAAUCCUUCAGAUAUUGUUGGCCCUAACCAUCAUUCUAAAAAUAACUUAAGCACUGUUUACCCUACUAAGAUCAGUGACAGUAAAUCUACAUAUUAUGAAUUUAAAAAUGAAUCUAACAAUGACACAGACACAACUAAUAAUACAUGUAAGCUAGGACACGCAGCCCAAAUCAGUUUUUCAGAAGUAACAGCAGCCACACAGCCAGGAGAACCUAAAAAAACUGACUCUUCUUACAUAACAAGUCAUAAUUUAGGAAAUACAUGUGAAGCUGAAAAUGGCACAAAGAAACUUAAAGGUAUACUAAAAAAAAACUCCAAAAAUGUUGCCACCUCUAAACCAACACCAGAUACAGUCAUACUAGGCAAGCAAGGAACUAUAACUAUAAGGGACAGUGUUGAGCUAACCAAACUGAAAGAAAAAAAAUCAGAGGGCAGCAAAACAAAAAAGAAACUGAGAUGGUUUGAUGAAGUUGAAGAGGCAGUUGUCGAAGAAAGAGAGACAAGAGCAGAUCAAAAAGAAAUAAAAAAUAAACUGCUCGAACAAACCAGUGAAGCAGAUAACUUCCGAUCCACUAGUGAAGAUAAUGUCAGAAGCAUGACUGAUGCUCCUGAAAAGUCUGUUAAAAUGGAUAAGACAGAGGAGGCUGCAGCCCACACCACAGCUCAAGUUUCAUCCACUGGAUAUCAUUUUGCUAAACAAGCUUGGAUAGAUUCCAAAGUUCAAGACAAUAAGCUGCCUGAGAACACUGUAGUGCCUAAAUCAGAAAAAGCUACCCCUGUUCGGAAAGGAAAGCAAAAGUUUUCUAGAAGAGCUCGAUCUGCCCGUGCUCAUUUGGGUGCUGCUACUAGCAAAACAAGAAAAGGCACAACCAUUAGACCUCGAUCAGCAGGGGAGAUCAACAGUGUUAUUAAAUCACAAGGGACAAUCAUUGUACCGCACCCACCACCAAAGCCUCCACUCUUAGAUGGUCAGCAGGUCCAAAGUGUAAGCACCAACAGGCAAACAAUAAGUAACCCACCAAAAAUCUUUUAUAAUGACAUUAAUGCUACUAGCAAAGAAAGUAUACAACAUGGGCCUCACAUUUACAAAGACAUUACUGAUGGAUGUGCUCUGCCACAGGGUAUACCCUUCACCAACAGUGCUGUCACCUUUACUCCAUACCCUCCUUCUCAUCCCGUUUCUUCACAAGAGGCCAAAACCACCUUGACAGUCAGUGCAGCUCAAUCAGCCUCGCAGAAUAUUAUGGGAAGUUCGAUACGCACUGCUGUCUUUGGAGAAAAUGGCAUGCGACUAGACCGUACUCCUACAGAUGAGGAGAUCACACUUCUAUGGCAAGAUGUCCGCACUGCACUGGCACCCAAAGAAGCUGGAGAGUCUCGCAACUUUGCUUCUUGCAAUGGAAAUGUGUCUAGUCCAUCUCGAGCAACAUUGUCCCAUGUUACCAUUGAUGGUGGAAGCUUGAUGAGUGGUGUCAAAUCAGUAUCAGGAGUGGGUGGAAUUUAUAACCCUGUCAUGAAUGGUACUGCAAACGUAAAUGUAAACAAAAGGAAGCCCAUUGCGGAGGGUUAUGGAACAAAACACAGGACACUUCUGGAACAAAGGAAACAAGCCACAGGGUCUGCAACAAGGAAGCCUGCUCUUACAGGACAGGGCUCUGUACAAACACUCCAAAUAAUUCCUUUUCCAUCUGCUAAUGAUCCGGCUCAACCCAUGCAUUCUGUCUCUCCCGAAAAAGUUUCUGAGAGUACGGCUCAGUUUUUGCUGGCAGAAAAUCUGGCUGAUACCUCAGUUGCAGAUGAGGACAUUCUUGCUGCCAUGGAAACGGUCCAGUCACAAAAAUACGCAUUCCUGCGGCACCGAGCACUGCACCUUGGCCUCAGUUCUUUGUCUAUGGAAGAGCAGAAAUUGUUACAUUCUUUGGACCGGCUAAAUCAAAGACUACAACAUGUCCAAGAAGCUGUUGGGGGCAAUCCAUCUGCUGCUAGUGUGCUGCAGAUAUCUGCUCCUUUGUCUGCAGGUCAAGGUGGUCUGUCAGGAGCAGGAGAGGCAGCUGUCCAAUACAAGAAUUUUGUCACUGGUUCUGACAGCUGUCCACCAAUACAGAAACGAUAGCAAGGCUUUUUCUUAAAUGAAGUUAGUGUUCACUUUUAUGUAUCUAUGAAAAGGUACCAUCUGUCAACUGUAAUUAUUUUAAUUGCACCCAGAAAUGAGUAUGCUAUUUACAGAAUUGCCUUUCUGUGCUGUACUUGAUUUGUAAAUAAUAAUAAAGCACUUUAUUUUUUAUUAAAUGCAGAUAACAAAUAAGGCUUUUUACAUUAAUGUUAAUAUGUUUGAGAAUAGUAUUUAUUGAAACAACUCCUUACAUACACAAAAUGACAGUGGUCUUUGGGAAAAGUAUAUUACAGGGGUCCUCAAUCA